GGGAGGGGGGUGGGGGGUACCGCACUGUCGUUACGAGUCCAAGUGUAGAAAGGCAGGAGGAGAGACGCAUUAUUGCAGCACACACACACAACCCAAACUACCGCACUUCACACAAGGCGCACGGAGAAAGCGAGAGAGAGGUAGGGGGUGACAGACACCAACAGAAAGACAACUCAUUUCACAUGACUGGACUUUUUCCCCUUUCAUCUUGAAAUUGCAUGUUUUUGCCAGUAGCUUUGAGAAGAGGAAACUCAACCUCCAGCAGCCAAUCAGCGCGUCCUCUCAGCAUCAGGACCGGAGGAGCUGCAUGCAGCUCUGCAGGAAUAUAAUAACCCUCCGCGGAUCUCUCUCUUACAUGGAUUAUCAUUUAGAAGUACUUUUCUCCUGAGCUCGCAUCGCUCCACUUCGCUUCCUGCUCGCCCGUGCAGCCUCACAGUGAAUUAUCGCCGGCCCUUUACGUGUCUCGGUGUAUUGCGGUACUUUGCUGACGACUUGCAGUAUAAAUGCAUCGCUAGAAGAUCACUGCGCAAAGACCCUCCGCCUGUUUACUGUCCGCGCGGCACUUUAUUCGCUUCGCUAACUGAAUUUCUCUGACUUUCCUUUGGAGCAGUGCCUAGAAAUCCUUGUCUUGUUUUUUUCCCCUGUGAUCUUUCCUGUUUUUUUCUUGCUUCUUAUUUUCGGGUUGUACUUCAGAGCCUCCCUCUCCUCCUGUCUGUGAGUCAAACAGCUGCAUAGAAGAUGUCUGCCCCAGAUGCUGCCGCUCCAGGAGCCCCCGGGCCCGAUGGAGCCCCCGGCGGAGGACCUCCCGCCCCCCCCAACACCUCCAGCAACCGCAGGCUACAGCAGACACAGACCCAAGUGGAUGAGGUGGUGGACAUCAUGCGCGUGAACGUGGACAAGGUUUUGGAGAGGGACCAGAAGCUCUCGGAGCUGGAUGACAGAGCGGAUGCUCUCCAAGCCGGGGCCUCCCAGUUUGAAAGCUGCGCAGCUAAGCUAAAGAACAAGUACUGGUGGAAGAACUGCAAGAUGAUGAUCAUGAUGGGGAUCAUUGGAGUCAUUGUGGUUGGAAUACUAUUCUUGUACUUCUUCUACUGAGCUCAGCCCAUCAAUACAGAUGGAUAUGGACUUGAGAACGAUAUGAGAGGAAAGAGCAGAAAAAAAAGAUACCCAAGCGCCACUCCUCCCCUUUUAUCCUUCCUCUCUUCACAGUCUUCCAUCAAACCAUCUUGCACUUAUACGUGACGACAGUAGAGUUUAUAGGUGUGUCCCCCCCUCCCUCUUUCCCUCCCUCCCUCCCUCUCUCCUUGUUGCUUUCUUCCACUGUUUUGGCGUCCUGUCUCUGCCCCUCAUGUAUUAUUGAAGGACGCAGCAGGCGGAGGGAAAGAGGAAGAAGGGAGGGAGAAAAUUCUUGUGACACACGAGGCUAAGUCCUGUAAAACAUGGCUGUGAGAGGGGGGGUGUACCAUGAGAGGGGGGGUGUACCAUGA